AUGUUUGAGGGUUAUCCUGCAAUCACGUUUGCGCUUUGCACAGUCCUGGGGACAAACUUCAACUUAUCUUACUGGAGCCUUACAAGUCGCAAGGCCCAUCAAACCAUCCUGGACCUCCGUACAACCAACUCUGAGUUUUAUACGGAGCUCACGUCUGGGCAUCAUCCUCGUCCCACUGCGUCCGAAGUGGUUGACGAGCACAUAAUUCUCGAAUCUGAGUAUGUCCUCGAAAGUGAUGAUGCCGGCCGCGGAGCAACUGAAGCGAUCAGAUUCAUUCUUAAUGCACGGACUGCUGAUGAGGUUGCCCAGCCUUUCGAGGAAGGGCCUGAGUUCGAGGAGGAUGAAUUGGCCCCGCUCGCAGUUGGAGGGUAUAUUCGGAUUUCCUCCCAAUUCACUGUUACGCAUUAA